UGUAAAUUGUUCCACGAAAGGACGAGCUCUCCAUGAAAAGUUUUAGACACACAAUCAGGAAAAUACCUAACUGAUACCCUGUCUACGUGACAAACAUGGCUGCUGUUGGAAAACAAGCACAGAUUGCAACGCUGCACAAGUUAUACGGAGAUAGAUACGAUCAGGCGGAGGCAAAAUGUCUGCUCCAACACCACGACUGGGACGACCGAAAGACAAUUAACUUCAUACAGGAAAGUGAACCAAGUGACGUGCGCAAACUGAUACUUCGACUUUUGGGGGAUGAGAAUUCGGAGGUCAAGAAAGAUGAAGACAUGGUUAGGUCUGUUUCGAAAGGAUUGACAACAGCCAUGAGACAAUUUGCGUGUGAACCAUGUGAUCAGGUCUGGUGGAGCAGUGUGCCGAUCAACAAGCCGGUCUCGAAGUGUAAACUCUGCAGAUCCAAGUAUGAUCCAAUACCCAAAGAAAUGAUGUGGGGUUGGGCAAUAUUCAAGUGUGAAUGUGGCAAAGAGUUUAGUGGUUUCGGUCAGAUGGGAGUGACUCGAAGUGAAUGUUACAGAUGUGGGAAGUCUCCUUAUCCGUCCACCAUCCGUCCUCCGAACAGAAGACGAACACCGAAAUCAAAACAGAAACACAAGUGUGACGCCCCUGACUGUCCCGGGUGUGGUUACAAAGGCAACGAUACAGAAAAUGAUAUGGUAAAGAAGUGUAUACAUCCCAGAUCUAGAGAAGGAAAGGCCAAGGUCAUUGUCGCCAGCCAGGCCCAUGUCAGUACCGGAUCAACCAUAUCGUCUUUCCGGGAUCAAGAUGAACUUUGUUCGGCAAUGUACAACACUUCCCUGUCAGCUAUUAGGGAAAACCUAAAGUGAAAGUCACUUGAUGAUACAUUAAACACCGGACUGGUCACGUGAUGAAACAUUGGACAUUGCAAUAGUCAUGUGAUUGUGCAUUUGACAUCUGACUAGUCACGUGAUGAAACAUCGCACAUCGGUGUUAUUACGUCAUAGAACAUUACACAUGGGACUUGUCACGUGAUCGGAUUGUGAUAACUGGAUUUAAACACUUGAGUUGGUAUUGAUAUUAAAUGUAUGAACUUAUUUGCGAGUUGGAUAACACCCUAAUAUCCGCCCUCGAUUCAUCAAUUUUGAUUAAGAGUUAACUAUUUUUAACAUGUAUCUUUCAUUCUUUUUAUCGCUUGCAAUCAAUACGUUAAGGAAAAUCCCUGCACUAACGACACCAAUUACAGAGGCAGAUUUUCACAUUUAUGCUGUAAACAAUGUCAUUAUUGUCGUAUACAUUUUAUUGUAAUCAAAGCUACAGCACCACUACUUUUAUUUCCAUAAAGAUGAGGUUGAUAACGUUCUGAAUAUGAUAACAACUUGGAAUGUUUUACAGAUUUUACAAUUCAUAUCAGGUACAUAGAAUAAUUGAUCCUCCUCAAGAAAUGUCGAUAAUUGAUGAAUAUUCUGUCAAACAUUGCUAUAAGUCUGGAAAAAACACUCCGUUAACUUUGUAUCGAUACAUAUUGUAUAUAUAGAAUUCACUUCAAAAAUAUCAGAUAUCGAAUUGAAAUAAAAAAUGAAAACAAGUCCUCAUUUUGCUUGUAAUACAUGUAAGUAUGUCCUACACUAAGGAGAUCUUGUUGAUGAUGGGACAAAGUAGUUUACCUUGUAUUCUGAUUUCAGUUUCGGUUAUAUAGAACAGUCGUCUCAAUAACAUACAAAAAUUGGCUGGACACUUUUUGUGAGAUACAGAAAUAUGCGAUAGUGUUGUUUCUGGAAAUUUAUGUAUAAAACGAAGUCAGUAAACAGACAGAUGGACCCGUGUUUAUACAUGUAUAUCCUCGGAUUUCUUAUAUAAAAUUUGUCUUUGAUAUUCUAAUUUACCGUUUUGAAUGAAUGUUUUAGUCAUGUGGUGUAAAUCAUCAUGCAAUAAAAUUAUUUUAUUAAUCUUUUUGUUACAAUAUCCAAAUGAUUGGAUUCAUAUUCGAAAUGUUGAGAAGUGUGUUUAAAUAAAAUUUGCAUCGUU